GGGCGUUUGACGUCAUUGGCUGCGCCAAAAAAGCGCCGGGAAUCGUGUAGUGUGGCUGGUAAGGAGAGUUUUCCUGCUGUAACCUCAGUAUAACGCUCAGUCUGUGAUUAUAACCCCAGUAUAACGCUCUGUCUGUGAUUAUAACCCCAGUAUAACGCUCAGUCUGUGAUUAUAACCUCGGUAUAACGCUCAGUCUGUGAUUAUAACCCCGGUAUAACGCGCAGUCUGUGAUUAUAACCUCAGUAUAAGUCUGUGAUUAUAACCUCGGUAUAACGCUCAGUCUGUGAUUAUAACCUCAGUAUAACGCGCAGUCUGUGAUUAUAACCUCAGUAUACGCUGUCUGUGAUUAUAACCUCGGUAUAACGCUCAGUCUGUGAUUAUAACCUCGGUAUAACGCUCAGUCUGUGAUUAUAACCCCGGUAUAACGCUCAGUCUGUGAUUAUAACCUCGGUAUAACGCUCAGUCUGUGAUUAUAACCUCGGUAUAACGCGCAGUCUGUGAUUAUAACCUCAGUAUAACGCUGUCUGUGAUUAUAACCUCGGUAUAACGCUCAGUCUGUGAUUAUAACCUCAGUAUAACGCGCAGUCUGUGAUUAUAACCUCAGUAUAACGCUCAGUCUGUGAUUAUAACCCCAGUAUAACGCUCAGUCUGUGAUUAUAACCCCAGUAUAACGCUCAGUCUGUGAUUAUAACCCCAGUAUAACGCUCAGUCUGUGAUUAUAACCUCAGUAUAACGCGCAGUCUGUGAUAACCUCAGUAUAACGCUCAGUCUGUGAUUAUAACCCCAGUAUAACGCUCAGUCUGUGAUUAUAACCCCAGUAUAACGCUCAGUCUGUGAUUAUAACCUCAGUAUAACGCGCAGUCUGUGAUUAUAACCUCAGUAUAACGCUCAGUCUGUGAUUUACUGGUACGCUCAGUCUGUGAUUAUAACCUCGGUAUACGCUCAGUCUGUGAUUUAACCUCGGUAUACGCUCGGUCUGUGAUUAUAACCUCGGUAUAACGGCUCGGUCUGUGGGUAUAACCUCGGUAUACGCUCAGUCUGUGAUUAUAACCCGGUAUAACGCUCAGUCUGUGAUUAUAACCUCGGUAUACGCUCGGUCUGUGAUUAUAACCUCGGUAUAACGCUCAGUCUGUGAUUAUAACCACCGGUAUAGCGGCGCGGUCUGUGAUUAUAUAACCUAGGUAUACGCUCAGUCUGUGAUUAUAACCUCAGUUUAACGCUCAGUCUGUGAUUAUAACCUCAGUAUAACGCUCAGUCUGUGAUUAUAACCCCAUGUAUCAAUUCAUAUAACCCCUGUAUACCGUGUAUCAAUUCAUAUAACCCCUGUAUACCGUGUAUCAAUUCAUAUAACCCCUGUAUACUGUGUAUCAAUUCAUAUAACCCCUGUAUACCGUGUGACAUCUUUGUAAUUUUUACAAAAAGUGCAGGUUUCUAUAAAAAAUUGCACUUUUAUAAGUUAACCUUGUUACAACCCCCCUGCCUGUCGUUAAGUCCUGUUACUUCCUGGUUGUUUAGCUCAACUCAAGAGGCAGCAAUUGCCCUGUGCACCUGCCUUGCUAAGACUUCACACUAAGCUGCAUUGGGAAGUCUGUGAUUGGACAGUCACAGAAACUCUGGGUGGGGCAAGAAGAGGAGAGCUUCCAAAGGUUAACCCUUUAAGGACACAUGACGGAAAUAUUCCGUCAUGAUUCCCUUUUAUUCCAGAGAUCUGCAGCUGUUACAAUGUGUUUUCAAAACAUCAACAAUGAAAACAUGCAUAAUUAAACAUAUGCAUAUUUUCAUUGUUGUAUAGUUAUUUAUUAAACCAUUCUUUUUUGGACUUGGGCAAAAAUAUUUAAUAUACAAUGUGCACACAUUUCCCUCUAAAAGGGGACACUGUAGGCACCCAGACCACUGCAACUCAUGUAAGUGGUCUGGGUGCCAACUCCCAUCACCCUUAACCCUGCAAGUGUAAAAACUGCAAUAAUUACCAUGCAGCUUUAAGUCCUCCUCUAGCAGCUGUCUACCGGCUUCUUAUACGACUUUUGGUCGUCUAAAUGAUGCUGGAUGUCCUCACGCUAUGCAUGAGGACCUCCAGUGUCGCCUGAAUCCCCAUAGAAAAGCAUUGAAUAAUGCUUUCCUAUGUGGGGAUCCUAAUGCGAGCACGGCCAUUAUCGCGCAUUCGCAUUAGGUAUCCCCCAUCGGCGGGAGAGGAGCGUGAGCGGAGCAUGACCCAGUGCCGAGGGACAUCAGCGCUGGAUUCAGAUAAGUGUCUGAAGGGGUUUUGACCCUUUCAGCGACGUGGGAUGGGGGCACUCCAGGAUUCUCUAGUGCCAGGAAAAUGGGAUUGUUUAUCUGGCACUAGAGAAUCCCCUUAAUGACUAAUUUGAAAUAUGCAGGCUGACUAAAUCACUAUAAGUCACAACUCCUUCUUGGGUUGAGCAGCUGGAGGGCAGCCUAACUAAAUCUCAUGAACUCUUUGUAAACACAGGGUUCUCUCUCUGCAGUAGUAGUGAGGAUCUGUCUUCCGCUGACUGUUCACUGACAACAAUUCCUGCUUAUUUAAGUGAUCUAGUAUUUUGAUUUGUUUCAGCCUGCUUUUUCCAUUAUUUCAGUAUAUUAGUUCUGAGGUCUCCUUUUAAUGAGUGAAUGUUAGUUUGAGACCCUAGUUAAGUGGUUUCAUUUUCUUUCAGUUUUUGUGUAUACUAAUGAUGCUUUAUGUUAAUUUUGUUUUCAGUUUUACAAGAAUAUUAUCGCAAUGGAUAUCCGUCCCAACCAUACAGUUUAUAUCAACAACCUGAGCGAUAAAAUCAAGAAAGAUGGUGAGAGCAAAGCAUCCUGACUUUAAUUUUGUCUUCACAUUCAUAAAAUGGUCAUGCACAUAUUGUAGUCCUGUUAGAUAAAUUGAAUAUAGUGUCAAUGUACUUAUUCCUCUUUUAAUUAACCCCUUAAGGACACAUGACAUGUGUGACAUGUCAUGAUUCCCUUUUAUUCCAGAAGUUUGGUCCUUAAGGGGUUAAAAACAAAUUGUAGGUUAAAGGGUUAAUCCAGCUUCUAUGAUCACAUGGUGGAAGGGAUCUUUAUGAAAAAAUACAAGUGUGCUGGCACUCAAUCACAACAAGGUGCCGGUAUUCGAGGUUAAUCCCAAAAAACCUCCAAAUCACAAUCAAAAAUAUAUAUAAUGAAUACCGCACUCUAAUAAUGAAAAGUAUACAUAAUACUUGUAAUUAAUGCUGAGAAAAAAUUUAUUAUAAAUAAAUUCAUGCGAAGUAUGUCAAUAGGAAUAUUCAUUUCAUCCUGAGUGCACCAAUUAUAUACAAGAAAUAUAUGCAAUAUAUACAGUAUAUACAAAAUUGUUUCCAAGUAUUGGAUAAAGUUCAUUUAAUGUAUAUACACUUGAUGAUGGUCCUUUAGAAAAAAAUUAGAAAAAAUUGAAAAAUUGAAAAAUAAAAUAUGUAAACAAUCCCCAAUCCAAAAAUAAAACAGAGGAAAGGAGAAAGAAAAAAGGAGAAAAAAAGGAAAAAAGAAAAAAAGAAAAAAGAAAAAAUGAAGAAAAAAUAUAUGUAAAGACGUCCUGAUAGUCCAAAAUAUAGUGCACUAUAUAUAGCUAUAUGUGGAUGGAUCUCACCAAUGUAGACAUCUUUUUCUUGGUGUACACAAUUAAUAGCUGUAGUCAGAUGAUGAUAUGAACGAAGGUGAAGGAAAUGAUUAUUGUAAAAAACGGACAGUCACUCCAUCAGCUCCCAGUAGGUGUGUGGUCAAAACGACAAAUCUAUCUUUCUGUCGACGAACUUGUUCAGGCAGUGUAGUCUCAGGCAGUGUAGUCUUUGGACGGGCUGCGCGCUCGGGACAUAUCUGUCCCUUCGACGGCCCCUGUAUUCUUGUAUUCUAGAAUACAGGGGCCGUCGAAGGGACAGAUAUGUCCCGAGCGCGCAGCCCGUCCAAAGACUACACUGCCUGAGACUACACUGCCUGAACAAGUUCGUCGACAGAAAGAUAGAUUUGUCGUUUUGACCACACACCUACUGGGAGCUGAUGGAGUGACUGUCCGUUUUUUACAAUAAUCAUUUCCUUCACCUUCGUUCAUAUCAUCAUCUGACUACAGCUAUUAAUUGUGUACACCAAGAAAAAGAUGUCUACAUUGGUGAGAUCCAUCCACAUAUAGCUAUAUAUAGUGCACUAUAUUUUGGACUAUCAGGACGUCUUUACAUAUAUUUUUUCUUCAUUUUUUCUUUUUUCUUUUUUUCUUUUUUCCUUUUUUUCUCCUUUUUUCUUUCUCCUUUCCUCUGUUUUAUUUUUGGAUUGGGGAUUGUUUACAUAUUUUAUUUUUCAAUUUUUCAAUUUUUUCUAAUUUUUUUCUAAAGGACCAUCAUCAAGUGUAUAUACAUUAAAUGAACUUUAUCCAAUACUUGGAAACAAUUUUGUAUAUACUGUAUAUAUUGCAUAUAUUUCUUGUAAAUAAUUGGUGCACUCAGGAUGAAAUGAAUAUUCCUAUUGACAUACUUCGCAUGAAUUUAUUUAUAAUAAAUUUUUUCUCAGCAUUAAUUACAAGUAUUAUGUAUACUUUUCAUUAUUAGAGUGCGGUAUUCAUUAUAUAUAUUUUUGAAGGGAUCUUUAUGAGCAGCGAGUCUGCUUGAAACGCUGCACUUACAGAGAUACCUAGACUUUAGUACCGGGGCUAGUUGUACACCCUGCACAUGUGACUUGAGCCACACAGAACUCUGCUGCUGGCUGUCUCAUGUUAAUUCUGUGCAAAAAUUACAUCUGUCAUCACUCAUCAGCACACACUGGUGACAAAUGUUAUUAACCCUUCUACCCUCCCAAACAGCACUUGGAGCACAUCUGCAAGGAAAAGCCUAGAUCUCUUCACUCUCCCUGGGUGUGCACCCUCCCCACUUUGCUUCAUUGAGAAUGAUUUGAUUUUAUUUAUUUUUUUAUUCCCCCCUUUUCCUUACUUCCUACCCAGCUCAAAGUGCGCAUGCGUUUUAAGGCUUUGGCAAUAGUCCAGUCAGAUGCUUCUCUAUGUGGAGCAUUUGAUUAGACAAAGGAGAGGGAAGGUAUGAUGUUGGACCGGGUGUAAAAAUGCUCAAGGAGAGCUUUGCCCAGUGGAUUCAAGGCAGUUUUUUACUUUAGUUAAAUAGGUUUUGAGGUUACAAAAGAGGAGAACACAGUAUUUGUUCCCAAUAGGGCAGCAUGGAUUUGAAAAAAAUAAAAUAAAAACACAGUGAAAAAAGGUUAUAAGAAGAAGUAAAAAGUAUAACCUGUAGGAAGCCAUGAAAUUGAUAUUAUGUUCACCUGAAGCUGGUUCUUCUCAUGAACUUGUUUCCGCAUAAUCAGUCAAUAAAAAAAAAAAAAUAAUAAUAAUAAUUCUGUUUUUCUAAAUAGACAUUUGUGCCAAAUAAUUUACUCCAGUGAAUAACCUAUCUGAUUGUGGAUCAUUUUGCAGCAGAUUUAAUUGAUACAGUUGGCACUGUCACUGCGUCAUCUCAUUGAACCUUUUAUUUCCAUUUUUUUGGCAAACUGCCAGGCCGCUUUAAAGGGGAGCUUCAAGCUCUUUCUAGAAGCCCUGUCACUCAGAGCUGGAAUUACACUUCAAGUUCUCUGUAUCACAUUUUAUUUCCUCCAUGACAAGCCUUUUUAGUCUAACAAUAUUUAUUUGUGCAUUUUUUUUCCACAGAAUUAAAGAGAUCGUUGUAUGCAUUAUUCUCUCAGUUUGGCCACGUGAUGGACAUUGUAGCACUGAAGACUAUGAAGAUGAGAGGACAAGCUUUUGUAAUAUUUAAGGAGCUUGCUUCUGCCACCAAUGCUUUACGUCAGUUACAAGGUUUUCCUUUUUACAAUAAACCAAUGGUAGGUGUUCUAAAUUUUGUUGUUUAGCAGUCGGGGGUGGGGGGGAGGGAAUUUGCAACAUUGUCCUGGAACUCGGCAUCCUCACAACUCACAUUUGUUCAGAUUGUCAUGCAGGAAUUUUUAAAAGCUUUCCCCCCCUCUCAUCCUCUCACUUUCUGUACCAAUCAGUAUCUUUCCAUAGGGAUGCUUUAUCCCAAUACGUCUCUACUGUGUGCACGUGGAUUGCAGGACCGUACCAGGACGUACCUCUGCUCUCUGACUGACAGAGUUGUCCUUUGGGACACAUGUAAAAACGUUUUUUUUUUUUUUUUUUGUAACCUACAGAGGAUCCAGUACGCCAAGACAGACUCUGAUCUUGUAUCUAAAAUGCGGGGCACGUUUGCAGAUAAGGAGAAGAAGAAAGAAAAGAAAAAGAGCAAAGCUCAAGAACAGGCAGCUAAUGCAGCAAAUAAGCCAGCAACGGUAAGAGGCAGCACAAUCAUUUUUAAACAUAAAUCACAAUGUAUUAAUGUUUGAACAAUUUGUGACGGAGCACCAAUUCUACAGCAUUCUGUGCCAGAUAUAUGUGGUCCUUAUCCUCGGUUUAAAGACAAAGGAUCAUGCACCUAAAAUGGAAUGAACAUGUUUUCUAGUGGAAUAACAUUGGAUUCUAUACGUUGCUUAGAGCUUUCUUUCUGCCCCUACUAAUCAGUAUAUUUUAUUGUCACCAGUAAUGAUACCAUGAACCAAAGUUUCUGGCAAACACGUACUUUCUUAUGCUGUUGAACUCUUGUUAUGCAUGAGAAGGUUAUGGAGCUGGUUCAGUGUUUUUUUUUUUCUAUUAUGCCGUUAGAAGCACAGCAUAGUAGGCUCGCAGAUCCCACAUCACUAUCCCUUUUAUUUCCUCAUCCAACAGUACCAGACUUUAUAACCCCACAGUAUUUGCCAAUUAUUGCUCUUCACUUUAUAAUUUACGUGAGGAUAAUACAAUUCAUCAACCCUCCUUGGAGAAGAUUAAUAAAUGUUUUUGAACAAGUUACACCCCCCCAAGAUUCCCAUGGCCAACUCGGAAGUGCUGUCGGCACCCAUCACCAAAGAAGAGGUGGAAAAUGUGAAAAAAACAACCUGUAAGCGUUAGGAAUACUGUCUGGCCCAUUAUAUAAUGUAUAUACAUUUAUCUUCCUAUUAGCUCUUUAUUUUGCUUCCCUCUUUAAUUACUACAAAAAAAACUAAGACUUUACCGUAGGGAUUCUUACAUGCCCAUAUAGUCACAUUACCUACACUAGGCAAAACAGCAAUUGUAUGCCAGAACUUUCGCCAUAUAUCGCUACAUAACUCUGGCACGAAGAUUUAUGCUAAGAUCCUGGCUAUUUAACUUAUUGACUUACUACCAGCCCUUUUAUAUCCAGACAGAUUUGUAUAAUUUAGACAACUAUCUGACAAUACUAGGAAGUUUACCAAUAACCUACAUCACUCUCUGAGUGGGUGCCUGGUUCCUGUCUGCUUCUCUCUCUCGUCAUUGAAAAGACUUUUGACCUGUCCAAUGGGGUAUAUGUAGGAGGUUUUAGAUAUAGUUGGUUUUCCAUCCCCUUUAUAUAUGCAGUGAAACUUCUGUAUGCAUUCCCUACAGUUUCUGUUCGGCCAACUGAGUUUCUAUCGCCUUCAUUCCCUAUCAGCAGUGGAUCCCUUCAUCCCUAUUCUACAAAAUGGCUUUGGAGCCACUGGCAACAGUGAUCAGGUCUAACUCUUUAAUUUUAGCAUAUCCCAUAUCGCCAAGCUCUACCCAAGUUUUAGGCUUAUUUGCUGAUGAUCGCAUGGUCGCUAUGACUGACCACCUCAAGGUCCUCCCAGACCUACGAUACACACUAUCUAAAUUCAGUUAUGUGUCCUAUUACAAGGUUAAUUUAUCUAAGUCACAAGCCCUCGCAAUAGAAAUCCUGAAGGAAGAGGUGUCCCACUUUCAUUUACGUUUAAGAGAUAAUUAUUUAACUAACUUAGGCAUACGAAUUUCUUAACUGAGCAAGGAUCUGGUCUGGAACACAAUCUGACUAUUUAAGGAGAUGACAUGAGAUGUCCUGGCUGGACAGACCAGUGUCGUUGAAAGUAACAUUUUUACCUAAUAUUCUGUAUUCUUGCGUACCAUUCCACUCACAGUACGCAAUAGUACUCAGUGACCAGGGAAAGAUAAAGAAUGAAAAUGAUGACACCUUAUCUGCUGUAAAAUUCUGACCUUUUGGAGUAAUGCAGUUAACAAGUACCAUACUUUCUACAUAAAGAUUUUGUUUACUUGAAUGUGCUCUUUUAAUCACCACUGUCUCUGUAACCUUUUUAUAACUGAGUGAGGAUCAAAAGAUUGCUUUUCAGAAAUGGGCAGGAUUGCUCUUAAUCUUAAUGUGUACAGAAACACAUUGAUGAUGCAGGGAGCUGAAAUAGCUUUUUAGUUAUUUAAUUUUAGUAAAUGGAUCAUCUGCUCAUAUUAGUCCUUUCGUUUAGGAACAAAUUCUCAUCAGCCUUGGCAAAUGUAUAUCAGAUUACUUUGCAGCCUGGUGUUAUGUAUCAUCCUUUUUUUUAAAUUUUCUCUCUCUUUGUUUUUUUUCUUUUUCAGGGACAGGCGCCAAAUGCAAAUAAUACUUCUCCAGUAGAAACAGGAAACCAGCCGGUAAUAUUAAGCUUUCUUGAUUAUUACAAAAUUACUGUUACAUGGUGUGAUGUACAUUAACUGAUCAGCCUCUCUUUCAGAAAUCACUAUUCAUUAGGUGUGAAUAUACAUUGUUUACAUGCAAAAUAGGAACUGGGAUUUGUUAAACGUCAGGGAUACUCAGCACACUGCUAAUUUGUUGUCAAAAAUGGGUAACAAGAAGCAACAAAAAAUGGAAUGUGCAGUAUUGAGUCAUUUUAGUACGCUCCACUUUUAAAAAUUUUUUUUAAUAUUUACUUCACUCUUACUGUAGAUUUUUGGAUGUGUAGUUAAUGGGACACACCUGGCCCCAAAUUCACUUUAAUGCAUCUGAUACCUUUUGGUUUGAUUAAUAUGCUGCAUUUUUUUGCAUGCUCAACGUUUUUAUAGAUUUUGCACAAAAUAAAUGUUGAAGAAUGCUGCACCAUAAAUAAACCUCCUUAGCCACACCACCUCAUGUUAGAAAGACAUCUUUUUAUCAAAUGUAUGUACACAGUCUCUGCCCCAACAGUAUUACGAGAGCAGUUUUUAUUACCUGGCUGCAGACAGUCAGAGAAAAUACAAACAGGCAGUGAUAGCCUUACUGUAUGUCCCCUUUUGUGUUCUCUCCUUCUAAUGCAGGUUGUCUUGUUGUUCAAAUCAUUCAGUGGCUGAGGUGUUUACAUACAUUUUUGAUAAGGAAUUAUUUUUCUGGACUAAGGGGAUAUGGCUAUGAAUGCAGGCUUAAGGUGCAGCAUUCUGCAAAUCAUUUAUUUUAUGCAAAAUUGGUGCCUGGAUUGUCCCUUUAACCCCUUAAGGACCAAACUUCUGGAAUAAAAGGGAAUCGUGACAUGUCACACGUCAUGUGUCCUUAAGGGGUUAAAUCAAUUUAAAUCGUGGGGUGCCUUGUUCAUAUGACACACAGAGCAUAGAGUCCAAAAUUGCAGUUUAUGGAGAUACAAUCCUAUUUCUUCUCCAAAUACACCUCACAAGCAUUUCGAGUCCAAUUUUUCCUUUUUCAACAAGGCAAAGGCAAAAUUGUACAACUUUGUUUUGAUUUCUUUAUCUUCGUGUUUCUUUAAAAAAAGACUACUCCUGAGUGGCAGCGAGGGCUUUAGUACACAUCAGCCCCAAUACAUAUAAUAAGAAAACAAAAAAAUAGGUUUCUUUCAAAUCCCUAUGCUUACCUUUUAAUGGCCAUUAAAGUGACAGCAAAAUAUUCUUCAAAUGUCCAUAAGGAUUAGUGAGCAUGUCCAUAGGGAUUUCAUUUUUUUUUGAUUUUAAUGUUUUUUUUUAAAAUAGAUGAAAGUAAAGUUUGAUGCGUAUAAUGAUACCAUUUUUGAGAAACUGUAGGCAGCUAUUGUAGGCAGAGCCCUUUCUAUUGGUAAUGGUUCCAGGAGUAUACUAAUUCUGUCUGUACAAUGGUAAAAUGUCAAAUCCUUUUAGCAUGUUUUUACUACUUACCUGAGUUAUGCUGGAUGCAUUUUCUGCAUCUGGCCUUCUUCAGCCGGAAACACCGGAUGUAUUUGUAGAGCAAAGCACAGCUGACACAGGAACGUGUUCAUUGGCUGGGAGUACUCAGCUGUUACUCUCAGCCAAUGAGCAUGGUUCGUGCAUGGUCUUCCUUGUUCUAUAGAGCAAUCCAGCUUCUCCUUCUGGAGACCAGAUGUAAGCAUAGUAAAAACUGCUUCGAUUCGGGGCAGAGAUUUCUACAACCUAUAACAUUGUGUAUAUGUGUUUUAAUUCUAGGUUCCUGACAAUCCACCAAAUUAUAUCCUCUUUCUUAAUAAUUUACCUGAAGAAACCAAUGAGAUGAUGCUGUCCAUGUUAUUUAACCAGUAAGUUUGAGAUUUAUUUCAUUUAUUGAUUUAUUUUUAUAUUCAAAGGUGCUUUCUGAAUGCCACUGCUGAAUGCUGAAUGUCGCUCAGUUGACACCGAUAUACAGCGUGUCUAUAGAGAUUACUUUAAAUUUUUUUAUUUUAUAUUGUGCUAUUGAAAAAACAUUUUCAGUCAAAUUCUGAACUUUAUUACUUGUCUAACUUCCUUUCCUGAUUUCAAAUUAAUUCUGACCUGUGUGUGAAAAUACUAUCUGGCCAAUCAGUCAUGCAUGUGGAGACUGUUUGUUUAUUGCAAUAAAAGCUAGGGAUGCACCGAAAUGAAAAUUCUGGGCCGAAACUGAAAAUUCAGGAUGCCCUUGGCCGAAAUCCGAAACCGAAAAUUACUUUUUUCCUCAAAUGAUUUAAAAAAGUUUUUUUCCUAAAAUUUUAUUAUUAGACUUUUUAAUGAAUUUAAUCUAAUAUGAAAAACUUCCCCUCUCCCUUCUCUUUUAGUGGUCCCCCCUGCUUAAUGUUCCUCUCCCGUCCCUCCUUUUUUAGUGUUCUUUCCUCCCUCCUCCCCAGUUCCACAGUAUUCUUUCUCCCCUGUCCCAUAGUGUUUCUCCCUCCACCCCUGUUCUCCCCCACCCCCACUGUCCCAUAGUGUUCUCUCCCCGUCCCAGUGUUCUUUUCUGUCUCAUAGUGUUCUUUUCCCUUCCCAUAGUGUUAUCCCCCCACCCCCACUGUCCCAUAGCAUUCUUCCUCCUCCCCUGUCCCAUAGUCGUCGUCCCCCUUGUCCCAAGUGCAGUAUUCUUGAUUUUUUUCAUGUCAUCAUUACUAUUUUUCAUUGUGAAAUACAGUAUAAUCAUCUGAAUUGUUAAUGCAAGCAUGUCUGGUAAACUAUGCCAAUUAUUUCGUCAAAUUUGACCCGUUUUCGGCCGAAACGGGAUAGCCCAAUUUUUGGGCGAAAAUUUUGGCAGCCAAAAUUUCGGUGCAUCCCUAAUAAAAACUGGUGACAUCAAUCUCCUGUGUCCAAGAAAUAGUGAUUGUGGUUGUUUGUGUUAAUCAGAUGUUUGUCAUGACCUCUCACAUAUCAUAGCUUGAGCCGCUUACUGGCCUUCUCACAACUUUCCUAACUUACCCAAUCCCCUGCACCUGAUUGUGCUCUUUCCACAUGUAUCGAAUGUAUUCUCUUUAUUGUUCCUGGUAUUGCAUCUUUUUACUUCCAAAUCUUUCACUUUAUCUCUUUGCAUUCAGAAUAUUUUUAUACUUUGAGUUCCCUGUUUAUGAAGAUGAUAGCAUUUUUUAUAAUUUAAUUUAUUUUAUUUUUUUAACUGUUUGCUUCUUAAUUUACAUUUGUAUAGUUAUAAUUGUUUUAAUACACCUGUGCACUCUCUACAGGUUCCCUGGCUUCAAAGAAGUUCGAUUAGUACCGGGAAGACACGACAUUGCUUUCGUAGAGUUUGAAAACGAAACUCAAGCAGGAUCUGCACGUGAUGCCCUACAAGGAUUUAAGAUCACACCGUCUCACGCCAUGAAAAUCACUUACGCUAAAAAGUAGACAGAAUUUACAUUGAUGGACUUGCUUAUGCAAUUAUUUUGUUUAUUGUUGAUAUUCUGGAAGACUCUUCAUGUUCUGGAAAUUGAUGGCUGGUUAUGCACAUGUUUUUUUUCAAUUAUGACAGAAAUAAUUUUGUACAAAUAAAUGUUUUCUUUUAAUAUUGGU